GGCCGGCAGCGGGCGGGGAGCGCGGCGGCGGCUGGGAUGGACGUGACCGGGCCCGAGACCGACUGGCGCAGCACCAACUUCCGGCAGAAGCUCGUCAGCCAGAUUGAUGAAGCAAUGAGGAAGGCCGGUGUUGCCCACAAUAAGUCCAGCAAGGAUAUGGAGAGCCAUGUGUUUAUGAAGGCCAAAACAAGGGAGGAAUAUCUUUCUCUUGUGGCCAGACUUAUUAUCCAUUUUCGAGAUAUCCACAAUAAGAAAUCUCAAGCCUCAGUCAGUGAUCCAAUGAAUGCCCUGCAGAAUUUAACUGGGGGUCCCCCAGCAGGGGCGCCUGGAAUGACCAUUGCUUCCCGAGCUCAAGGAGCACCGAUGAGUGGGAUGGGUGGCCUUGGCCCAAUGGGGCAGCAGAUGAGUCUCCCAGGACAGCAACAGCCUCCUGGAAGCACGGGAAUGGCCCCUCAUGGUAUGCCUGGUGUCUCAACAGCUACUCAGCAGACCCAACUUCAGCUUCAGCAGAUAGCUCAGCAGCAACAGCAGCAGCAGCAGCAAUUCCAGCAGCAACAGGUGGCUUUGCAGCAACAGCAGUUCCAGGCCCAGCAAUCAGCCAUGCAACAACAGUUUCAGGUGCAGCAGCAGCAGGCAGCAGCAGCUGCAGCAGCCCAACAGCAGCAGCAGCAACAGCAGCAGUUGCAAGCCGUCCAGCAGCAGCAACACAUGUUGAAACUGCAGAUGCAGCAGCAGCAAAACCAGCAGCAGAUGCAGCAGCAACAGCAGCAGCAGCAACUACAGCGAAUUGCCCAAAUGCAACAGCUGCAAGCAGCACAGGCUAUGCAGGUACAACAGCAGCAGCAACAGCAGCAGCAACAGCAGCAACAAAUACCACAGCAACAGCUACAGCAGCAGCCACCUCAACAAGUAAUGCAACAGCAGAUGCAACAGAUGCAGCAGCAGCAACAGCAACAACAGGUUGCUCAGGCACAGCAAUCUCAGCUUCCACCACAAUCCCAGCCUCAACCCCAGCCCAUGGUAUCUCAGGCACAGGCAAUCUCUGGACAAAUUCCUGGUCAGGUUAUGCCUGUUACUCUCACGCCACAGCAGUUAAAAGCAAUGCAGGUAAGAGCACAACUGGUCCAGCAGCAGCAUGCGGCAGCAGCAGCAGUGCAAGCAGCUCAGGCUCAAGCUGCUCAGAUGGGAGCAUCAGCGCAGAUGAUCACCGCACCUAUGGCCCGAGGUGGGAUGCAAAUAAGACCACGGUUCCCGCCUACCACCGCAGUGUCUGCUACACCGCCAAGCUCCAUUCCUAUGGGCGGACAGCAAAUGCCACAGGUCAGCCAGAACAGCAUUACCAUGAUGUCAUCCCCAUCUCCUGUCCAGCAGGCUCAGACACCCCAGUCAAUGCCUCCACCACCACAGCCACAGCCGUCUCCUCAACCAGGCCAACCAAAUUCUCAGCCAAACUCAAAUGUCAGCUCUGGCCCAGCUCCAUCUCCCAGCAGCUUUCUCCCCAGUCCAUCUCCACAGCCAUCCCAGAGCCCAGCAGCUGCACGAACACCUCAGAACUUUAGCGUCCCAUCCCCAGGUCCUUUAAACACUCCAGGAAACCCAAACUCUGUCAUGAGUCCAGCCAGUUCUAGCCAGUCAGAGGAACAACAAUAUCUGGAGAAACUCAAACAGCUAUCAAAAUACAUUGAGCCACUCCGGAGGAUGAUCAAUAAAAUCGAUAAAAAUGAAGAUAGAAAGAAGGACCUGAGUAAAAUGAAGAGCCUCCUGGAUAUCCUGACUGACCCUUCAAAACGAUGCCCUCUGAAGACACUGCAGAAAUGCGAAAUUGCACUGGAGAAGCUAAAGAAUGAUAUGGCUGUGCCUACUCCACCACCUCCCCCAGUGCCUCCCACCAAACAGCAGUACUUGUGUCAGCCACUUCUGGAUGCUGUCUUGGCCAACAUCCGGUCACCAGUCUUCAACCAUUCCCUCUACCGCACCUUUAUGCCAGCUAUGACUGCCAUUCAUGGUCCACCAAUCACGGCCCCAGUUAUCUCCUCUCGAAAACGAAAAUAUGAAGAGGAUGACAGACAGACUAUACCAAAUGUGUUACAAGGGGAAGUUGCAAGAUUAAAUCCUAAGUUCCUGGUGAACCUGGACCCCUCCCAUUGCAGUAAUAAUGGCACAGUUCAUCUCAUAUGCAAACUAGAUGACAAGAAUCUUCCAAAUGUCCCACCACUACAGCUCAGCGUUCCAGCGGACUAUCCAGAUCAGAGCCCUCUGUGGAUAAAAAACCCUAGGCAGUAUGCAGCCAAUCCCUUCUUGCAGUCAGUGUAUCGAUACAUGACUUCAAAACUGUUGCAACUUCCAGACAAGCAUUCAGUCACGGCACUCUUAAACACCUGGGCACAAAGUAUUCGUCAAGCCUGCCUCUCUGCUGCAUAAUGUGUCACUUUCUAUAUUAUGAAGCAAGAAAUCAAGUCUCAACAGCUGGCCUUUUCCACGUACCAUUUCUAAAGUCAUGGGCAUUUUGGGGAGGUUACUUCAGAAGAAAGAAGCCUUGCAUUUUUUUGUUUCUAGGUGUCAGGUUCAGUAGAGGACCUGGUAUUAGUUCUAGAUUUCAUGCUUUUUAUCUUCUGCCUCUGUGGACUUCUGUCAGCAUUUUCAAAUAUGCAGAAUGUGUAUAUAUGGUUCUCAAGACUGUAUUAGGAGUUUUUAUUGUCUUCUUAGAGAAGAAAUUAUUUGUGGACUUCCAUCAGGGAGUCUCAUUGGUAAAAGAGGAAGCAGGGAGAGAAUGCCCUAAUUUACUUCAAAGUUUGCUGAGUGCCAGUAUUCCUUUCACACUGUAUGUUUUGUGACCUGAUACUCCCCCAGAAAUAAAAAAAACUGCAAGUAAAACGUGCUUGCAAACUUCCUAGUGUUUGCAGGAAUCUUUUGUCUAUUAGCUUUGCCCUGCCCAGGGUUGGGAUAAAUUAUGGUCUUUUAGGAUACUCCUCAAAUGUGUGAGAUAAAUCAGGAUAAUUAUAUUGGUGGGGGGAAAGACUAAACAGAAGGAAAAAAAUAUUUUCUAGCUUAUUUUAAAUGCUACUUUGUAUAAAAGGGUUUUGGUUAGCAUGGACCACAGUUUUCUUGCUCUGACAGUGCAGCAGUUAGAGGAGAUAUUAAUGUGCACAAUGACUUCCCCUAUAAGUAAGUGUGUGUGUAAAGGUGGCGGUGCAACAACAGUUUAAAGCUGUAGUACCACAGAUCAAUCCAGCAGGCUUGUAGCCAUGUCUUCUUUACUAGUGGAAUAGAGUCAGUCUGAGGCAUCUGACUUGCUUGGAGGAGUUGAUGCAGUUUAGUGGCUACAUGGUGAGUUUUGUUUUCUUUUGCUUCCUUUUUAAGAGAAAAGGACAAAAAAAAAAAAAGUAAAAACAAGAAAACACAUCACAUAGCUCAGUAGCAGAUCUGACAACUGUUAUUUUGUGCCUUGAGCAAAAUACAGAGCACACAAGUUGGUUGUCAGCUGCUGUAUUGCUGUGGGCUUCCAAUGAAGACACUUGCCAUGAAUAAUUAAAUUUGUUUUCUUUUUCCCCCAUUCUCAUAGUUUGUUUGCUCUUAUUUUCUUAGUGCAGAAACAAAUUCAGGUUUCAGAUGUUCCAGUUAUAUCCUAUUUUAUCUCCCUGUAUUGUGCAGCAAAUCUUAAAGAGCAGCUGCACUCUCUCAGUAGUGCCAAGAAAUUGCACUGACCUUUGUAAAUGUGUGAUGUUGGUUUUAGUAUCUUGGGUACUUAGUAACCACUAACUGAGGCAGCAGAAUGCUAUCAGUAUUUUGUACAUGAACUAAUGCAUUAUCUGUUUGUUUCUAUUGUAAUAAAUUUAUUAUUAUUCCUGUGUUGGAUGCUAACAUUAUACUACUCUUCCCAUGUUGAUCCUCAGAUACCAGUUCUGUUGCAUCCCUUGGAUGAUGGUUACUUUGUUCUAGGCCAGGAGAUCUCACAAGGUUAUUCUUCAAGCAGUCCUACUUCUAAAGGAAGAAUAUUGGAGGACAGAGACGAGUUCAAAUCAUGCAAGGAAAAAAAAAUAUUAGGAUUUUUCAAACUAGAGUGAACUUUGUGGUAAACAACUGAUUCUAUUAUGUAGGUGCUUUUUCUGUUCUUCAGGUACUCUCUGUUUGCUAGGAGCUUUCCUCAUAGGCAGUUUUGGCAAGCAUGUAACUGUAUGACUGAAUAAAAAUGUUUGUACAUGUAUUUUUUUGUUACAUUGCUAAAGAAACAAAGCAGUGAUUGUGAUGUAGCCCUAACUUAGUUUGGAGAACAAACUUAAUGAAUGCUAUGUUUGAGGUAUCUAAAUGUGUGCAGGUUAUUUUGAAGGAUAGAGUCCUCCACACUACAGCAUGGAAUAAGCUGAAUUGUAGAUCUGGACAUAGUAAGUUCAUAGAACCCCUCUGAGUUCUGUACCAUGCAGCCAAAUAUCCCCUAUGUCUCUAGACUAGACUGCACUGCAGAUGACAGUGACUUUGUGUUUUCAGUGUGAUGGCUUGUUCUUCCCACCCUGAAAAAAAGUCACAUUCACUCAAACACGUAAGAAGACUUUUAUAAAAAUAAAAUUUACAUUAAAAACUCAAUUGAAUUUGAUAUUAAAAAUAUUUUAAGGUAUCUGAUAAUUCAAACAUUUUACUCAUUGGCUAUCCUAGGGUAAUUAUCCUUUGAACAUUUAUUUUUACAAGUAUAGUGACAGGAGAAACUCAGUGUUCAUGUGGUUUCCGUCCUUCAAAGAAGAAAGUCAUUAUUACAGCAUAAAGAAAAUAGCUGAAGAGGAUAAUGAACGUGCAGCCCACUGGCCCAAUAUAAAACCAGGAUGCAAUGAAGUACAGCAUUAGCAAGGAAAUAAGGGUCCUGUAGCUAGCCAGAAACCUCAGACUGAUUCUUGGUCCCCAGUUCCGGUUUGUUCUGUCCUUCAGCACAGGACUGUACCUGAUUUUGUGUACGAAGUGAGGGUUUGUAAGAUGGUAGCAACAAAAUCUGCCAAUAAAAUCUUCCCUGGAGCAAAGCACUUCCAUCUGCUCAGCAAACUGAGGUAAGAAAAUUGAAAUAUUAGUAUUCUACUGCAACUAAUGGUAUAAAGUAAGCAUCGCUUUAUUUUACAGUUUUCUUCAUUUGUAGCAUGAAUAUACGGGGGGAAAGUGUUACAGGAAAUUCUAAGAAUGGAUCAAAUACACUAAAAGCAAUUCUUCUAUUUAACUCUGGACUUCCCUUGAGUCUAUAAUGCCUAUAGGAAGGAAAAGACUUGCUUUAUCCUGAUUUAGGAAUAUUAAUUCUUAAUUAUAUUCUCCUUGCUCAAACAUAAAGAUGCAUUUAAAAUAUUCUGAGUGCUUUGUGUAAGGAAAGCAAAAUGAGAGGUAAACUAGCAGGCUUAAUGCUAUUAGGAGAUAUUUAUGCACACAUCCAUUAUUAGCAUAUACCACUGCACACCCACAAUGAAGGGGAGAGUGCAAGAACAAAGCAUUAAGCAUCAAGCAUUCUAUGUGCAGAUGUGAUGAAGAACAGGGUGCUGUACUUACCCUUUCAUUGAGUGCUGAGGAUAAACGAUACAGGAGGCGGACAAGAGUGGCGUUCUCAUAACUGCGUAUGGGCUGAAGCUCAGUGUCCCCUUGAUACUGCACAUCAAAUCUACGUAAGCCAUUUAUCAUCUAGAAAUGAAAACAUAAACCCUGCAUAGUGUAGCUCCCACUGAAAUGCCUUUAUACUGGCAGCUUUCUUACUCCCAGAAAAAUUACGUUUUUUGGGAUGUAGGACAACUUGUUUUCUCAAGAACAAGCUAGGGCAGCAGUAUGGAAUGAUUCUCUUCUCACCUGGUACCGACCAAGAGGUGUAAGAAUGAGGCCAUCCUCACUUUCAAUGCAGUCUGGAAGCUGUUUUUUUCCAUUCUCAUCUUGAGCUGUCCCACACUUCAUCAUCAUCUGGGUCAGCUGGGCUUCAUUCAGCUAUUGCAGAAUGACACAGUGUUAAAGUAAUUUUUAGAACAUCUAUUUCAUUUACCUCUCCUUUCACAAGCUCCUUAGCAGUGGAUGCCUUUGACAGCCAGCACAAGUACCAAGAAAUCCCUAAAAGCACCUCUGUUAAAAAUAAAAAGGAGAUGAAGUCUUGAUUUCCAUAUUUAUCAAAUCCCAGAGAAGUGUUCUGUUUGAUAUCCCCUUUCUCCAGGAGAGCUCCAAAAUAGCUGUCUUUUCCAUCAAUUCUAUCAUGAGUGUAUGUAGCAAACAGAACUUAACCUGUUCUAAGUGUAAAUAAAAAGAGAAUAUCUACUUCAUCCUUUUAUCUAGAGUUGCAGGUACAUGUUUUAUUUCUUGUAGUUCUUUACCUUUAGAAGAUAUGGGACUGGUUUUCAAGUCUAGGCUGUGCGCUGCCUCUUUGUAAACAUGAGAGUACGUACAACUUAAGACUGAGGUUUCAUAUAAACUACAGAAGAGUCCAAUAAAAUGGUUACUUAAAGUGGACUUGAUAAUUAGAAAUUCCGUUCUAUUUAUAUGGAAAUGUAUUUUGAAGUAUUUAGGUGAAGUCAAGCCUAAGUGAUAUUCACAGGUUUUCUGGCAGGGCCACUGGAUGGCUUUGUGAUCCAAAAAGUGUAAGAGAGCUAGAAGUGUAUUUGAGGAAUCCUGACUCUUGUUUGUACUGCCUCACUAGAAUUUAUUAAAGAGGUGUUGCAUACCUUAAAGAUUUGACAUAGGUAUUCCAGUGCCUUUUCUAAAUAUUCAUCUGUUUUUUUGAUGCUGUCUUGUCCAAUUUCAUCAAGGUCAUUGCCAGUGUAGGAACCGUUCAUCUCAGAUGGUGUGAACUUAAACCAUGAAAAGAAGGAAUGGCUAGCUGUUGUCUCUGCUGAAUGGUCUGAUAUGGAUUUUGCUGUCUGCUGUGCCUGGCAGAUCAGCUGAGCCAGUUUUAACACCUGAAACAAAGAAAAUAAUUAAACAUGAGCUGUAAAGGACCUUUAAGCAUCAAUAUAUGUGGAUAAAACCAUGCCUUCACACCUGACAGGGAGCAAGCCCAGCAAACUUGCUCACUUAGUUCAUGUUAACUUGUAGUAGUUGCAUUUCCAAUGAACAUACAUUCACUGAGGUUGAAAUAUUUAAGACAUGUUUUCUUUUUUCCACCUGCUUUUCUUUUUUUCCUCUGCCUGCUGGAGUUAUCAGACUGGCUGAUGGAUACUGCUCCAUAGCUCCAUACAAUGAAUCAGAAGUUCAUAGCAAACAUUUGAAAAGAGAAACUGGCAAGCCCUUAAGUUAACUUAUUUACCAAAGAGUAAGUAGAUUUUUACAGCUGAGUAGAGUGAAGUUUUCCACUCCUAACUUCUGUAACAUGGAUGCUAUGGAUGCUCAGAAUUAAGAGACCACUUGUCAAAAUCAAAAGACACGUGACAAGAUGCCUGUUGCUUACCAAGUUCCUGACUUCUGUGCCAAACAUCUGUUUGUACUGGAAGUCCUGUCCUUCCAGGCUGUAAACGUGACUCUUCACCUUAAAUGAGGCAUCUGUAAUAGUUGGAGGCCACGAUGACAAGAAGCUUCCACCAAGUGUGGGAGUCAUAAAAAGUCGGUGUUGACGAUGAGGAAUAACAAGUUCUGGCUCCAGGAAUAACUGUUCUCCUAAAGUUUGAAGGAGUCGUGAAGAUGGUUACAUGAUAUUCCAGGUUUUGGCUGAACAAAGUCUAGCUGCAAGGCAUCUUAAGGUUUUUGGGUUAGUUGUUGGGUUAGGGUGUUUUACAUUUUCUUAAAUCAGAGUGUAUCUAAAUGCCAACUGUACAGAUAGCAUUUUAAGUCUAUAUUUUCAUUGAAGGCACUGGAGAAUCACAGUACUUUAAUACUUGUUAAAUCUCGCCUCUCCUGAAUUUCCUGUUUCCUAGUUAUCCUUAAAUGCAAAUGUGAUUAGCUGCCUACUUCUUUUGUUAAGCAUAAACACACUGAGGAGUAUAAGACUACCUAACCCUGAGCUUAAAUAACCAAAUACUAACUUUAUCAUAAACACCCAAUGUUGCGUUCUUCGUUCUUCAAGGAAAAUUUGUGUAAUGAAAUGUGAUGGUGACUGUAAACAUACUAAACCAGUAUUACAAACUAACGUGAAGACGUGCAGAUAUUUGAAGGGUAAAAUGGCACGUAAAAUACAAAAGUAUAUCUAUUCAGUACUUCUGAGGUAGGUUGGUACCUAUUGAGAUGAAAGAGUGAGACGGGACAGCAUGAGAUGUCAAAAUAUCCAUUUACCUUUCAAGAUCAUUUCAGCUAGGUUGGGCUGAGCGAAGACCUUGGCUACUCGGAACACCAUCAGAGCAUUUUUUGGGCUGACCAAGUCUGUUCGAAGAGUUCUGUUCAAAAAUCCUACAAACAGCUUAGUAUACAUAAGUAGAUUUUCUUGAAUGAAGGCAGCCCUGUAAGGAGUGAGUACAGAAUUUGUGAGUACAGCUAUUUAAAUAACUAUUUAGGAAUUCACUAAGGGAGUGUUUUUGUACUAUCUCUGAAAAGAUGAGCUGUUUGCAACUGAGACAAAGGAGAAUACUCUCAGAACAAAAGGUAUUGUAAGAAAUAAUUUCUGAUCUUGUGCAGGAAGCUAAUUUACAUUAGGGAGUACUUCUCUGAGAUCCUGGUGAUGUACUCAAGAUUGCAUAAACUUGAGACUUGUUUCAGACUCUCAGCUGCUUUCCUACUUACCAUUUCUCUGACACGCUGCGAGGCAAGAGCUCUGCAGUUUGAGGUGGCUUUUCAGGAGCAUACCUCCAUGGCUGUAAGUAACUUAACCACAUCUCAAGAACCUAAGCAAAAACCACACAUAAAAAACAGUAAAGUCUUACUUGCACAGAAGCCAUGGGCUCUGUAAAGCUUUUUGGCUGACGUUUUGCCUUCUAUGAAUUCCUCAAAAAAUGCGAUAUAGAUGACUAUAGCUUUAUUAAGCAGUACCUGUCUGUUACAUCCUUAAUUUUUCAACUCUUAAAUAAAUGACAACCUUGUAGAA